AUGGAGGGGAAGGACCUGUGGCAGGCAGCAGAGCAUGGCAUCCGCAGGCUUGAGGAGAUUUCAAAGCAGAGAGCCUGGGGGAGACGUGACAGGCCAUCGCAACAUUUCCAACGGAAUGAGGAUAUGAACUCAGCAUACGCCGAGGAUAACCUAUCCAGUCAGCAGGCACAGCAGGCACAGCAGGCACAGCAGGCACAGCAGGCACAGCAGGCACAGCAGUCACAGCAGCAUAUGCGGUUGGCAGAGCACGGAGGGUUAGAUGGUUCAACAGAAACAAUGGGAGAGGGUUCAGAUCUUGGAAGAAUCAGAAACUCUGUGCAGGGCAUAAAGGAUGAGCUGAGAAACGUCGAAGCAGAGGUGAAAAGUUUGAUAGCUCUUGACUCGCCGCGUGCGAAAAAAAUCGAUUCGGUGAAGGAAAAGCCAAUGGUUGAGGAGGACAGGAACGGAGAAAACGACAAGAUGAACAAUAUUAACAAGAUCAAGUCUGUCAUCGACGUUCUUCAGAAGCAAGUAGAGCAGUUAAGCAGCAGCAGCAGCAGCAGCAGCAGCAAGAGGCAACUCGAGAUGUCUUCCUCUGCUCAACCAGAUGCUUCAGCUUUCGCAUCGCCAGCCGCUGCUGCCCCUCCGAGGUGGGCGAUUCUCCCGUCCUCGUCUGAUCGGACCUUUCCUGAGACGGGCGAUGGCCUCGCGAGUCACUUUUACACCGACUCCUCCCCUCGCGACGCCUACAGGCGGCAGCUGCAGCAUCUCGUCUCCUCCACUCCACAAGGAGGCAGCGAAGCUGCUGCGACUCGCCAGCAGCUCGCGCAGUUGGGAGGAGACUCGUUCGUCAAAUUCUUUCACCCGGAGCAGAAAGAGACGGGGAGGACAUACUAUCACUAUCACAUCCCUGACUUCAAGGCCAUGGAGGAGAGGCGGAAGCAGACACGCCCUCCUUUUGUUCUACCCAAGCUACAGUGGAAGGAGGCUCCUCCUGUGCUCUCCCGCUCGCAACAGCUCCGCAUGGAGCAGCGGCAGGCGCUGGCAGCUGUGAAGGAGGCGAUGCCGAUGGUUGUAGAUGCAGGAGGAGUUGUGCAAAAGCUAAACGAGGAGAAGGAGACGGGAGAUUCCGUGCUGCUAGGAUCAUAG